UUGGAGCCUCUGGUAUGAACUUUGACCGAAUGGGAGGGGAAAUAGUCACUGUCUUGGCAGAAUGCCAUUUCCCUGUGGCGCAUUUGUCUGUGGGUGUCACCAUCUUUCCAUUUGGCUGCAGAUGAAAAGGUAUGCUCCGGUUGGAACGUUAUAGGAUAUAUGAAAAUAACAUCCUGAAGAUUGAUUCUCUAAUUAGUUUGACCAGUUUAUUCGACCUGGAAUAUAUAUUUUUAAGUUUUCGUCCAAGUACGCCUGGACCAGCGCCAGCUUUUGGACAUGUGAGCUAAACCUGCAAGCAAAAGUAGCUAAUUGGACACUAGUAGUGGACAUUAUGGAACAAAACAACAAUUUAUUGCGGAACUAGGACUCCUUGCACUGCAUUCUGAUGAAAGAUCAUCAAAGGGUCAGUGUUCGAUAAUGAGUCUCUCUGGGGAGAGAGAGGAGGGGCGCCCUGCCUCUAAAAUGAGUCUCUCUGGGAAACAUGGCACCAAAUCUAAGAGUCCAAUCAAGCAGAAGGGACCAGCCUCCCCUGUACCCAGCGGUCUGUCCAUGAAGAGUGACCAGUCUAUGAUUCAACCUCUACAGUUUGGAGAGGGAGACUUUUCUACUGAAGAAAGAAACCAACAGGAGAGAUCAGAGUCAAAGAUUCUCAGUGGUCAGUCUUCCCAGAGUCAUCAAACAGACCUGGCCUCUAUAUUCAGUUUGCUUGAAGAGAAUAUUAUGACAUUUGUGAAGAACGAGCUGAAGAUGUUCAAGAGGUUUCUUAAUCCAGAACUCCCACAAGGCUUUGAGAGUCAGAAGCAGGAUAAGGAAGUGGUGGAAGCUGAAGAUGAGAAGCAGGAGAGCAGUGCCAGAGAGGGGGCUCUGAAGAUCACACUGCACAUCCUGAGGAAAAUGAACCAGAAGGAGCUUGCUGACACACUGGAGAAAAAUUCAGAUGAGCUUGCUGUGAUUUGCCAACGUGAACUCAAAUCUCAUCUAAAGAAGAAGUUUCAAUGUGUAUUUGAGGGGAUCGCUAAACAAGGAAACCCAAUACUUCUCAAUAAGAUCUACACAGAGCUCUACAUCACAGAGGGGGGAACAGGAGAGGUCAAUAAUGAACAUGAGCUGAGACAGAUUGAGACAACAACCAGGAAACAAGCAAGACCAGAGACUGCAAUCAAAUGUAACGACAUCUUCAAACCCUUAACUGGACAAGACAAACUUAUCAGAACUGUGUUGACAAAGGGAGUUGCUGGCAUUGGAAAAACAGUCUCUGUGCAGAAGUUCAUUCUGGACUGGGCUGAAGGAAAAGCAAAUCAGGAUGUCCAAUUUGUAUUUUCAUUCCCUUUUCGGGAGCUGAAUUUGAUGAAAGGGGAAAAACACACUUUGAUUGAACUUCUCAAUCACUUCUCAAUGGAAACCAAACAAUCAAGGAUCUCCAAUUAUGACAAGUACAAAGUUCUGUUCAUCUUUGAUGGUCUGGAUGAGUGCCGACUGCCCCUAGACUUCCAGAAGAACAAGAUCUGUUGUGACGUCACCAAGUCAACCUCAGUGGAUGUUCUGCUGACAAAUCUCAUCAAGGGAAAUCUGCUUCCCUCUGCUCUCCUCUGGAUAACUACCCGACCUGCAGCAGCCAAUAAGAUCCCCCCUGAGUGUGUUGACCAGGUGACAGAGGUACGAGGGUUCAAUGACCCACAGAAGGAGGAGUACUUCAGGAAGAGAUUCAGUGAUGAGGACCUGGCCAGCAGAAUCAUCUCACACAUAAAGACAUCAAGGAGCCUCCACAUCAUGUGCCACAUUCCAGUCUUUUGUUGGAUUUCUGCAAUAGUACUUGAACCAAUGCUGAAACAUAAGAGAGAAGAGAUGCCCAAGACUCUGACUGAGAUGUACACACACCUUGUGGUGUUUCAUACCAAACAGAAGAAUGAAAAGUAUAUUGGGAAUGAAGAGAGAGGUCCACACUGGAAUAAAGAGAGCAUUCUGUCACUGGGAAAACUGGCUUUUCAACAGCUUCUGAAUCACAAUCUGAUUUUCUAUGAAGAAGACCUGAAAGAGGCUGGCAUUGAUGUCAAUGAAGCCUCAGUGUACUCAGGAUUGUGCACACAGAUCUUUAAAGAGGAAUGUGGGCUGUACCAGGACAAGGUGUACUGCUUCGUACAUCUGAGCAUUCAGGAGUUUCUGGCUGCUGUAUAUGUGUUCCUCUCAUUCAUCAACAACAAUGAAAAUAUAUUGGAGGAUCCUCAGUCAACAUCCAGCAAUUGUUUUUACUUUUCUUUGCUGUUCAGAAACAAGCCUGGAGUUACUUUCUACAAGAGUGCUGUGGAUGAAGCCUUACAAAGUGAGACAGGAAACCUGGACCUUUUCCUCCGCUUCCUUCUGGGUCUCUCACUGGAGUCCAAUCAGAAGUACUUACGAGGUCUACUGACAAAGACAGGAAGCAGCUCACAGAGCCAUGAAGAAACAGUCAAGUACAUCAAGAAGAAGAUCAGGGAGAAUCCCUCUCCAGAGAGGUGCAUCAAUCUGUUCCACUGUCUGAAUGAACUGAAGGACAAUUCUUUAGUGGAGGAAAUCCAAAACUACCUGAGAUCAGGAAGUCACUCAGAAGCCAAACGUUCACCUGCACAGUGGUCAGCUCUGGUCUUUGUGUUGCUGACUUCAGAAAAGGAGCUGGAUGUGUUUGACCUGAAGAAAUACUCCAGAUCAGAGGAAGGUCUUCUGAGGCUGCUGCCAGUGGUCAAAGCCUCCAGAGCUGCUCUGCUGUCAGGCUGUCUAGUCACAGAGGAAGGCUGUGCUUCUCUGGUCUCAGCUCUGAAGUCAAACCCCUCACACCUGAGAGAGAUGGAUCUGAGUAACAAUGACCUGAAGGAUUCAGGAGUGAAGCUGCUCUCUGCUGGACUGGGGAAUCCCCACUGUAAACUGGAGACUCUGAGGCUGUCACACUGUAAAGUAACAGAGGAAGUCUGUGCUUCGUUGGUCUCAGCUCUGAAGUCAAACCCCUCACACCUGAGAGAGCUGGAUCUGAGUAACAAUGACCUGAAGGAUUCAGGAGUGAAGCUGCUCUCUGCUGGACUGGGGAAUCCCCACUGUAAACUGGAGACUCUGAGGUCAGUAUUCCUCUAGUUGAUCAACAAGUGA